GCCGCGCCGGCAGCGCUGUUCACCACCACCAGUAGUUCGUUGAAGAACACCAGAGAACUGGAGCCCUCGAUCUCACAUCUCAUCAGGCCAUCUACACGCGUCGAACCAUGCCAUCGUGGCAAUGGUGGCAUGUAGUAGCUCGCCGACACGUGGUCCCGCUAGCCCCUGAGAAAUUGGCACGUCUGCAAGGUCGCGAGCGUGCGGCCACGAGUUCCCCGAGCAGAGCAACCCACCGGCGAGAAGGCUCGUCAUCUUCCGCGAUGAGCUCCCGCGUCGCUGGACCCGCCGUCCUCCUCCGGCACCUGGGCCGACGCAUCUUCAGCAGCCCAGUCUCUCCGGCGUCUCCGGUCGCUGCGCAGAGGCCCUUGCUUUCCGGCGGAGAAGGGGCCGUGUGGGCGCGGCUGCGGCUGCUGUCCACUUCAGCCGCUGAGGAGGCGGCGAAGGAGGAGGCGGCCGCGUCCAAGGAGAACUCCGCGAGCACUGCCGCCGCGAAGGCCGAAGCGGCGCAGGCCGCCAAGGACGGGGACAAGACCGUGGUGAGCAGCUACUGGGGCAUCGUGCCGGCCAAGCUGGUGAACAAGGACGGCGCCGAGUGGAAGUGGUCUUGCUUCAGGCCGUGGGAGGCUUACACGUCUGACACGACGAUCGAUCUGAAGAAGCACCACGAGCCCAAGGUGCUGCUCGACAAGAUCGCCUACUGGACCGUCAAGUCGCUGCGCGUGCCCACCGACAUCUUCUUCCAGAGGAGGUACGGUUGCCGCGCCAUGAUGCUGGAGACGGUGGCGGCGGUGCCGGGGAUGGUGGGCGGGAUGCUGCUGCACCUGCGGUCGCUGCGGCGCUUCGAGCACAGCGGCGGCUGGAUCAGGGCGCUGCUGGAGGAAGCCGAGAACGAGCGGAUGCACCUCAUGACGUUCAUGGAGGUGGCCGGCCCGAAAUGGUACGAGCGCGCGCUCGUCCUGGCCGUCCAGGGCGUCUUCUUCAACGCCUACUUCCUGGGCUACCUCCUGUCCCCCAAAUUCGCGCACCGCGUCGUCGGGUACCUGGAGGAGGAGGCCGUCCACUCCUACACCGAGUUCCUCCGCGACAUCGAGGCCGGGAAGAUCGACAACGUCCCGGCACCGCGCAUCGCCAUCGACUACUGGCGCCUCCCGCCCGACGCCACGCUCAGGGACGUCGUCGUCGUCGUCCGCGCCGACGAGGCGCACCACCGCGACGUCAACCACUUCGCUUCGGACAUCCAUUUCCAAGGGCUGGAGCUCAACAAGACGCCUGCCCCGCUCGGAUACCACUGACGACUGAAUAUCAGUGCCGAGUUGUGCUGCAGGCUGCAGCCUCGCCAGUAAGAAACACAAGUUGUUGCUAGUCUGUACUCUGUACUGUCCGGUAGGCAAGGUUUAGUUAUACCUUCACGUUUAACAGUCGAGGCUUGCUGUUCGGUUCUACUGCUGUUCAUUUUAUCCGUGGUUUUACUGCUGUUUUACACAUCCGGAUGCAGUUCGGUCUACAUGUAUGCUGAGAUAAAUGUUGCCUCUGUAAGCAAGGAGCCAUGGAAAUAUAUGUUGACGGUCUGGUUCAGAAUUCA